GCGCGGGGCCCGCACGUGCCACCGCAGCAGGAGCAGCGCUGGGACCUGCGGGCGCGACAGGGGCGGCCCCGGCUCUUGGCAGGAGAUGAAGCUCCUGAAGUCGUGGGGGGCGACCGGCGGCGGCCUCCUGCACCUCACCGUCCUGCUGAGCUUGGCUGGGCUCCGGGUAGACCUGGACCUGGACCUCUACCUGCUGCCGCCGCCCGCCCUGCUCCGGGACGAACUGCGGCCCCCGGGCGGCCCGGCCCGCCCCGCCCACGCACUCAGCCCCUUCCCCACCUCGGGAGGAUGGGGGGGCGCCGGCCCCCUGCACCCCAAGGCCCGGGAGCUGGACUUCUUGGGGCCACUCGAGGGCCACCUGCUCUGGGAGGUGCGCGCGCUCGGGGUCCCCUUCAUCCCUCGCACCCGGGUGGAUGCGUGGCUGGUGCACAGCGUGGCGGACAGGGACGCGGACGGGACCCACGGGCUGCUGGGCGCCACUGCCUCGUCCGCGGGGGGCGUUGGCGCCGGUGUGGACGGCGGCAGCCAGGCAGCGCCUGGGGGCGGCGGGGAUCCUUUGGCAGCCGAGGAGGAGGAAGAGAAGGCAGCCGCGGAGCCCACGGCGCAGGUGGCGGUCUCCGGCGGUCGCGCGAGCCAGGAGAAUGAGGUACUAAGAGAGAAGUGUGAAUCUGUGGCUCGAAGUUCCCGACAGGAAGAGAAUGAAACAGAAUCAUCUCAGGAGAAAUCACUACAGCAGCAGAAUAAUGAAGAUAAAAACAAAACAGCAGAUGAAUCUGACUGGGAGGUAGCAAAGACCACUGAAUCUAGAAAGGAACGACAUCUAAAUGGAACAGAUGCAGACUUAUUUCAGCUUCUCUCAUCACAGCCUGAAUAUUCUCUGGAGGGUGUUUCACUGGAAGAUACUCCUUUUCAAAGUACUAUCAGUGAUGGUAUGAAUUCUUCAGCACAUAAUGUAAAUCUUAGCCAGGCCAUAAGUCAUGACGUAAAUCUUCAUGAAGCCAUGUUGCUGUCCCCCAACACGUUUAGAAGAGAUCCAGUAACAAGGACUUCACAGACACAAGAACCAUUUCUGCAGACCCUUCCUGGUACUAAUCUGACAGAAUUUCACCCACCUGCUGACAAUCAGAUGAGGAAUCUAACAAGCCAAGAUCUUCUGUAUGGCCUUGAUGCAAACAUAUUUGAUGAGAUAAACUUACUAUCAUUGGCUGUGGAAGGUUUUGAUCCAAUGGAAGUUUCUUUUCAGGAACCAGAUUCUGAUUCUGGACUGUCGUUAAAUUUGAGUCAUAACACAUCCAUCACCAAGUCUAAUUCUUAUUCUACAUGUAAUGAAGAUGCUGUAAGUUAUACUAGUGACCUUAAAAAUCUUUCCGGACAUGAUUUAGAAGGGGCUGUUGGUGGUUAUUGCCCAGAACACAGUAUGCUCUGUCACAUGGAUCACAGUUAUGAAGCUGGUUUCCAAGAUCUCGUAUUUCACAAUCACACUUACCACUUACAGCCAGGUGUACCAGAACCCACUUCUCAAUCUUUUUCAACGUCUGGGAAAUCUCAGAAAAUGAAUAGGUAUUUCAACAACACAGAUAAAAAUUUGAGCCGUGACGAACGGCGUGCUAAAGCUCUGCGUAUCCCUUUUUCUGUUGAAGAAAUUAUCCGCAUGCCUGUUGAUUCUUUCAACAGCAUGUUAAGCAGGCACUAUCUGACAGACUUACAAGUCUCACUGAUGCGUGACAUCAGACGAAGAGGGAAAAAUAAAGUUGCUGCUCAGAACUGUCGUAAGCGCAAAUUAGACAUAAUUUUGAAUUUAGAAGGUGAAGUGUGCAAUUUGCAAGCAAGAAAGAAAACCCUUGAGAGAGAGCAAGCCCAAUAUAACAAAGCUAUUAAUAUAAUGAAACAGAAACUGAAUGACCUUUAUCAUGUUUUUAGUAGAUUAAGCGAUGACCAAGGUAGGCCAGUUAAUCCAGACCAGUAUAUACUUCAGUGCAGCCAUGAUGGAACUGUUUUCAUUGUACCAAAAGAACUAGUAGCCCCAGGCCAAAAGGAAACCCAAAAGGGAAAGAGAAAAAACAGAAGUUGAAGAUGGACUUCAUUUCUAUGGAUAAAAUAACAUUCAGAAACUUACUUGGGUCAUAGACCAUUUAAACUGAUUUGGAAAUUUUACUGCUAUUUUAAUCACUUUUCUCAAUAAAUGUUUAGGAAUCAUUGUAA